AAUAUCGCUUGCCACGAGAGAGCGAAUGUUAGCAAUCGAAAAAUGUUAAAUUUCGAGUAACUAUUAGGUGGCAACAGUUAAGUUUGUUAUUGGUUAUGCAAGGUAAAGGUGGUCGUGAAAGGAAUGUGACGUAUUUGAGUAGCUAUUUGGUAGAAAAAACUGAUAAGGUGGAAAAGCCAUCUGUAUCUACAGAGGUGCGAAGUGAUAAUCUAAAUGGAGAAUCCGAAAAAAAGACUGAAAAAGAGGAAGUUGCUCCAUACGAAAAGAAAUAUUAUGGACUUCUACAUAGAUGUGAGAUUAUAAAACAGAGUAAUGAGAGACUUGUGAACAGGAUUUAUCAUGUAAAGAAACUACUAAGAAGACGUAAAAAGGAAAGGAAAUUUUUGAUGGAUAGACUUGAUGGUUAUGGAGACGAUUAUCGAAGUGUUGCACUAUCUCUGUUUGCUGAGAUGAUUGGUGAUAGUCCACCAGAAGGAAGCAAAAAAUCUGACAAUUUUCUAACUGCUUCUCACUCCCAGGAGUCUGAAUCAUGAAACACUCCUUACCAUCCAUGAUGCUUCAUUACUUUGACAAUACUCUCAAAAAAAUCGAAGACUGCGACCAAGGAUAUACCCAACCAUAUUCCAACAUAUCCUCCAAAGUAGAAGAACGUUUGUAUAAACUGCAAAAAAUAAAUUGAUUAAAC